AUGCUUCUCCAGCUCUCGGCCCUUGCAUUCUUGUCCGUCGCUCACGCCUACCUAUCAGACGGGCGACCGCACGCCAAUUUCACUCGCAAAGCCACAGUCCCUGUCGUGCCUGUAGUGCAAACUGGACCGGUUUUCAGCAAAAACGGGACCUUGUUGCCGCCAUAUGGCACCACUUUCACCUUCCAACAGCUCAUCGACCACAACAACCCCUCUUUGGGCACAUUCACGCAACGAUACUGGCACAUCUGGGAAUUUUAUGAACAGGGCAAGAUUAUUUGUACUAUCUGCGUCUACACACUUCAGCACGGGCAUCUUGAUGACGUGGCUGCCUCGCUCCGCAUCAAUCUCUGGGACUGGCAACACCUGUCUCCAGCCAUCGGCCCAGGCGCUCCGUCUGGUGGUUGGGGUUUAGAUCAUGCAUUAAAUGCAUGGUCAUCAUACUGGCGCAAUACUUAUUACUUAUUACCCUCACAGUCCUUUGUGGCGACCGUGACUCAGAGCUCCAGAGAGUGUUUGGGAAGCUACGACACUUCUCGGCCCUAUUGGGCUGACACAUCCGUCAACAAUGCUUUCAGAUCCUGUAAGUGGCUAUAUCUGUUGCUUUCAUGCAACGAACUCGGCUUUUUGCAAGAAUCGGCCCCAUCAGGCGUCCCUUCUCUUGUCUCUCCAGCCUAUUUACGACCUCCGUCAAUCCCCACCCCUCCGAAUGUGCAUGUUGAUCGCACCAAUACGCUAUACGCUGGCUGGAAUGUACCCACUUCCAACCUGUUCUUUGCCAACGGCGAACGUGAUUCCUGGCUCUAUGCAACGAUGUCUGCGCCUGGCGUGACGAUCCAAAGCACACCGUCGCAACCCAUUGCAGUUGGGCCUGGUUAUCACUGUUCUGAUAUCUUAGCUACUUAG